GGAAGGGCACAGGAAGGGCAGGAGGGGUCCAGGUCCUAACCUCCUCUCCCCUUGCCACGCAUCCCACCCUCCAAACACCUAAAUAGGAGCUGCUGGUCCUGCACUGGAAGCACCUGACCACUGUGUACCGCUGCCUCAUCCAGUGUCUUCCGUCACAAUGAGGAUUGUAUUUCUCCAUCCCGUCACUCAAAGUUCAGCCAUAUGACUUGCUUUGGCCAAGAGGAUGUCAGAAGAUAUGACAUAAGAAGAGGCUUACAAAACCACUUGCCAGCUUGUUCCGCUCUGCUUUUGCUAUGAAAAAGAAAAAUGAAGAUCCUGAGAUUAGAGACACCAACCAAUCCUUCUGGUUUGCCCAGUCCUUCUACGUUUUAGCACUGAAUGCCCUGGGUCCCGUGGACACUCUCAGCGUUGGAGAAACAAAUCGUUCCAGGAUGUUCAGCAGCAGCCCUGCUCUCUGCGACGCCUGUAGUAUGCCCACACCAACAGUCACGACAACCCAGAGUGUGCCCAGACAUUGGCGUGUUGCUCCCAGACAGGGACAAUGGUGUAGACAGCCCAGGUGAAGUGUAUCUGGAGUCUGUCAUUUCGUGAUUCAAGAUUGCAAGGCUGGAAGUAGGGAUUUCGUCUUUUUAGGUGUAUCUUUUUCUGAAGACAUCUUGAUCAACUUUUAGCAGUUUCUGGACAACAAAUCUCGAUAAUGGAUUGGUUUUCCAAACGACUGAAAGCAAAAUAACUUGAACUUUCGAUAUUAUUAUCACAUCUUAAAGGAAGACCAGGGUUGAAGGGAAGAGAAGCUGCUGAGCUGGUAAGAUGGCCACACAGCAACCAAAGACUUAGGAGUGGGAGUCCAAGGUUUUGUUCAUCAGGUCCUGCAAUCAUUCAUUCAUCCCACCAGCCUAUUUGGGCACUUUUCACGCACACUGACCAUCACUAGUGGGGCAGCCCAUGCUGGACUCUGACUUGAGUCCAAAUUGGGUUUCAUCAUUUAUGGACGAUGUAUAAGUUCUGUCCUUUAGUCUUAUCUUUCUCAUCUGGAAAACAGGGAUAAUAAAUAACAACACCUUCUUGAAUCUGGCCUUGUUAAAGUUAGAAGGGAGUCAAGACCCCCCUGCAGUGCAACUAACCAGUGUUCUGUAACAUGUUCCCUUGGCUAUUUUUACUCUGCUGGGCUCCCAGGGCAUGAUGAAUGAAACCAUAAGGCCGGCUCUCUCCUCCCUACCCGCCUUUCUCAAUCUCAGUGGGCAGCAAAAAGCUGCCAAGAGCUCCUUCGUGCAAUGCAACAGGUGAGAUGGGAAAAGCUUGCCCCCAAUGACAGCAUGCAUUCAUCUUCAGUCCUCUAUUACCUUUCUUUAGGUCUUGCAGCUCUACAAAGAUAAUCUGUGCUAAAUCCUGCUGUUGUCUGAGGUCAAACGUUUGGCUCGCAGGCUGGACCACCUGCCCUAGCACCCUUGUUUGGUCCUGAUGAGGGCAGCCAGCCCAGAAGGCAGGCGAAAGCCGUCCCGCAGCUCUCAAAGCAGCAGCCCAGGGGGCGUUUCCGAGCCGCGGGGGCGGGCAGAGCCGGAGCCUCCCCUCGGCACCCUCAGCAGGGUGCCGGGGCUGGGAGCCUGAACUUAUGCAAAGUUUGCAUCCAGGUUUGAGCACGUGGGCGCCUCCGCGCAGGGCCCUGCGGGCCACGAGCUCGGCCUACCCGCCUUCAUCCAACGGUAUCGCCUCGCACCUGCUCGGGGUACGGGCAGCGUGGUCUCCGCCGCCCUCGUCCCGCCGCCUCGCACGCGGCGCGCGGCUCCCGUCUCCCGGCGGCAGCAGCUGCGCGGCCCGGGGGUGGGGGCGGGAACGGGGCGGGCCGCCGGCGCUCUGCUCCCGGAAGCGGGUGGUUCUUGGGCUCCCGCCGUGAGGACCCGCGCGGCACAGGAGCUCCGGCAUCCCCGCCCGCGUCUCCGGGAGAAGCACGACCCCGCCGGCAAGAUGCUGCCCGUGUACCCGGACGUGAAGCCCAACCCGCUGCAGGACGCGAACCUCUGCUCGCGCGUAUUCUUCUGGUGGCUGAACCCCUUGUUUAAAAUCGGUCACAAACGGAGGUUGGAAGAAGAUGAUAUGUAUCCGGUGCUUCCAGAAGAUCGCUCAAAGCAUCUUGGAGAGGAGUUGCAAGGGUACUGGGAUAAAGAAGUUUUGAGAGCCGAGAAAGAUGCACGGAAGCCUUCCUUAACGAAAGCGAUCAUAAAGUGUUACUGGAAAUCCUACUUAGUUUUGGGAAUUUUUACGCUAAUGGAGGAAGGCACCAAAGUAAUCCAGCCCAUAUUUUUGGGGAAAAUUAUUAAUUAUUUCGAAGACCAUGAUCCUGCUGAUUCUGUGGCUUUGCCCGAAGCCUACGUCUCUGCCACGGUGCUGACCGCCUGCACGCUCGUUCUGGCCAUACUGCACCACUUAUACUUCUAUCAUGUCCAGUGUGCUGGCAUGAGGCUAAGAGUUGCCAUGUGCCAUAUGAUUUAUCGGAAGGCACUUCGCCUUAGUAACAAGGCCAUGGGAAAGACUACUACCGGCCAGAUCGUCAAUCUGCUGUCCAAUGACGUGAACAAGUUUGACCAGGUGACCAUAUUCUUACACUUUCUGUGGGUAGGGCCACUGCAGGCCAUAGCAGUGACUGCCUUGCUCUGGAUGGAAAUAGGAAUAUCCUGUCUGGCCGGGAUGGCAGUUCUAAUUAUUCUUCUGCCCUUGCAAAGCUGCAUCGGGAAGUUGUUUUCAUCACUCCGGAAUAAGACUGCGACUUUCACAGACGUCAGGAUCAGGACCAUGAAUGAAGUUAUCACUGGCAUAAGAAUAAUAAAAAUGUAUGCUUGGGAAAAGUCAUUUGCAGACCUUGUCACCAGUUUGAGAAGGAAGGAAAUUUCCAAGAUUCUGAGAAGUUCCUACCUCAGAGGAAUGAAUUUGGCGUCAUUUUUCGUUGCAAGCAAAAACAUCGUUUUUGUGACUUUCACCACCUACGUGCUUCUUGGACACGUGAUCACAGCCAGCCAUGUGUUCGUGGCAGUGACACUGUAUGGGGCCGUGCGGUUGACGGUCACCCUUUUUUUUCCUGCGGCCAUUGAGAAGGUGUCAGAGGCGGUUGUCAGCAUCCAAAGGAUCAAGAACUUUCUGUUACUUGAUGAGAUACCACAGCGUACUCCUCAGCCGCCAUCAGACGGUAAAAUGAUCGUGCAUGUGCAAGACUUCACUGCCUUUUGGGAUAAGGCAUCAGAAACCCCAACCCUACAAGGCCUUUCCUUUACGGUCAGACCCGGGGAAUUGUUAGCUGUGGUCGGACCUGUGGGAGCAGGAAAGUCGUCGCUGUUAAGUGCCCUGCUGGGGGAGCUGCCCCGGAGCCAGGGGCUGGUCAGCGUGCACGGAAGAAUCGCCUAUGUUUCUCAGCAGCCCUGGGUGUUUGCAGGAACUGUGAGGAGUAAUAUUUUAUUUGGGAAGAAGUAUGAAAAGGAACGAUACGAGAAAGUCAUAAAGGCUUGCGCUUUGAGAAAGGAUUUGCAGCUUUUGGAGGACGGAGAUCUGACCGUGAUAGGCGAUCGGGGAGCCACACUGAGCGGGGGGCAGAAGGCCCGGGUCAACCUUGCGAGAGCAGUGUACCAGGACGCAGACGUCUACCUCCUGGACGAUCCUCUCAGCGCCGUGGAUGCAGAAGUGGGCAGGCACUUGUUUGAACUGUGUAUUUGUCAAACCUUACACGAGAAGAUCACAGUCUUAGUGACUCAUCAGUUGCAGUACCUAAAAGCUGCAAGUCAGAUUCUGAUAUUGAAAGAUGGCAAAAUGGUGCAGAAGGGGACUUACACUGAGUUUCUGAAAUCUGGGGUGGAUUUCGGUUCUCUUUUAAAGAAGGAAAAUGAAGAGGCUGACCAGAGUCCAGCUCCAGGAUCUCCCGCUCUGAAGAAUCGGAGCUUCUCGGAGUCUUCUCUUUGGUCUCAGCAGUCUUCCAGGCCCUCACUGAAAGAUGGCCGUCCAGAGGGCCAGAAUACUGAGAAUCUACAGGUUACAGUGUCAGAGGAGAGGCGUUCAGAAGGAAAAGUUGGUCUUAAGGCCUACAAGAGUUACCUCACAGCCGGUGCUCACUGGUUCAUCAUCAUUUUCCUUAUUCUACUAAACAUCGCUGCUCAGGUUGCCUACGUUCUCCAGGACUGGUGGCUCUCCUAUUGGACAAAUGAACAAAGUGCCCUGAAUGUCACGGUAAAUGGAAAAGAAAAUGUCACUGAGAAGCUCGAUCUUCACUGGUACUUAGGAAUUUAUUCAGGUUUAACUGUGGCUACUGUGCUUUUUGGCAUAGCGAGAUCUCUGUUGGUAUUCUACGUCCUUGUUAAUUCCUCACAAGCUUUGCACAACAAAAUGUUUGAGUCCAUUUUGAGAGCUCCAGUGUUGUUCUUUGACAGAAACCCAAUAGGAGGGAUUUUGAACCGCUUCUCCAAAGACAUCGGGCACAUGGACGACUUGCUGCCCCUGACGUUUCUGGACUUCAUUCAGACAUUUCUGCAAGUCUGUGGUGUGGUGGCUGUUGCAGUGGUGGUGAUUCCUUGGAUCGCGAUACUUCUGAUUCCCUUUGGCAUCAUUUUCUUUGUUCUUCGGCGAUAUUUCUUAGAAACAUCGAGGGAUGUCAAACGCCUGGAAUCUACAACACGGAGCCCGGUGUUUUCCCACUUAUCGUCGUCUCUCCAGGGACUUUGGACCAUCCGGGCAUAUGAAGCUGAAGAGAGGUUCCAGGAACUGUUUGACGCACACCAGGAUUUGCAUUCAGAGGCAUGGUUCUUGUUUCUGACUACGUCCCGAUGGUUUGCCGUGCGUCUGGAUGCCAUCUGCGCCAUCUUUGUCAUUGUCGUUGCCUUUGGGUCCCUGAUUCUGGCAAAAACUUUAGAUGCCGGGCAGGUUGGCCUGGCGUUGUCCUACGCCCUGACACUCAUGGGGAUGUUCCAGUGGUGCGUCAGGCAGAGUGCCGAAGUGGAGAAUAUGAUGAUUUCAGUAGAAAGGGUGAUUGAAUAUACAGACCUUGAGAAAGAAGCCCCUUGGGAAUAUCAGAACCACCCUCCACCGACCUGGCCCCAAGAAGGCAUGAUUGUCUUUGAUAAUGUUAACUUCACAUACAGUUUAGACGGGCCUCUGGUGUUGAAGCACGUGACAGCGCUCAUUAAACCAAGGGAGAAGGUUGGCAUUGUGGGAAGAACAGGAGCUGGAAAAAGUUCCCUCAUCUCGGCCCUUUUUAGAUUGUCAGAACCAGAAGGUAAAAUUUGGAUUGAUAAGAUCUUGACAACUGAAAUUGGGCUCCACGACUUAAGGAAGAAAAUGUCCAUCAUACCUCAGGAACCUGUUUUAUUCACUGGAACAAUGAGGAAAAAUCUGGAUCCCUUUAAUGAACAUACGGACGAGGAACUGUGGAGUGCCUUAACAGAGGUGCAGCUUAAAGAAUGCAUCGAAGAUCUUCCUGGCAAAUUGGACACCCAAUUAGCAGAAUCAGGAUCGAACUUCAGUGUCGGACAGAGGCAGUUGGUGUGCCUCGCGAGAGCCAUCCUCAGGAAAAAUCGAAUAUUGAUCAUUGAUGAAGCAACGGCGAAUGUGGAUGUGAGAACUGACGAGUUAAUACAAAAAAAAAUCCGUGAGAAAUUUGCCCAGUGCACUGUGCUGACCAUUGCACACAGGUUGAACACCAUUAUUGACAGCGACAAGAUAAUGGUUUUGGAUUCAGGAAGACUGAAAGAAUAUGAUGAACCGUAUGUUUUGCUGCAGAAUGAAGAGAGCCUGUUUUACAAGAUGGUGCAGCAGCUGGGCCAGGCAGAAGCUGCUGCCCUCAUCGAAACAGCAAAACAGGUGUACUUCAGAAGGAACUAUCCAGAUCUUACUCACAAUGGCCAUGUGGUUCUGAACGCUUCCAACGGACAGCCCUCAGCCUUUACGAUUUUUGAAACAGCACUGUGAUUGCACCACGGCAUCAAGUCUAUUCCAGAGGCAUUUUUCUAAUAGUUUUUGUACUGGGUCAGUUCUCUUGUACUUUUUUUACACUAGCAAAAAAUAUUUACACGUGCAAGGUGUUUAUUUGGAGAGCCCCUCCAACUUCACCCAACGAUUUCAAACUCUAGCAGGAUGAUUUACUAUUUUUAUUUAUAUGCUAUAGUAUUUUUUAUUUUUCUUAUCCAAAUCACAGGUGCAGGACACCAGUAAAAGCUGUCUACCAGGUUUGGUGCCUUAAGAGACUUCAGAGCCAGAGCUCAUUUUGUAAAGCAUAAGACAAAGUUGUCACAGACUUUUUUCUUUCUUUUUUUUUUUACUGGCCCAAAUUCUAUAUAACUUUCCAGUUAUAUCAGGGAUUCUAUUCACUUGAAGACUGUGUGAAGUUGCCAUUUUGUCUCGCCACUUUUUUUUUUUUUUUAAUGUAACUAGGAUCCAUUACUUCUCCCUAAAGGCCUCUAGUUGAAAUAGUACAGCUAAAUCUAAUAGGAAAAACCAAAAAUAAACUUUAUCUUAAGUAACAUUAUAGUAGAGUCUCCCCCCUCUAAAAAAGAUACAUGCUUAAAAUACAGGAGGGCGGUAUUUAAUUAUAUGUUCUGAAAGGCAAGGAAGAGAAAAUAAUGCUUCCUCAGAAUUGGAGCCAUGGCCAUGUAGGUGAUUUGAUAAUGAAGGACACAAAUGUGAUCAUUGAUCAUCUUCUAGAUUUGCAGGACUCUGACAUGGUAACUGCCGUCAUUAUGGAGAUAGUUUCAAAAAAGACCAAACCACAAGCUGUAAUUCUGGACUACAGCAUAGGAGUCUCAUUUGGAUUUCUGGUUUACUAAUAACGGACGGACUAUUGACUAUAAGCCUUUUGGCUUAGCAUUUAUUGAAAUCCCGUCUCCACUGUGUGUACGAGCUCUUCUGACUUGGUGAGAAAAACCAAAAAUCAUCACAAACAGUGGCUGUAAUUGUGCAGUGUAUUCUCAGGCUGUAUCCAGCAGGCUCCCUUUUAUGAACCUGCCCAGGUUCUUUUCCCUUUGACCACUAAUAGCACUUUGUUUAAGUCUUUCUGAUGAGUGAGUCAGCAAACCACUGUACUUCCUAAGGCCUGCUGCACUUUAUUUGAACCAUGGGUCUUUAGUUUUUCUUGACGGUGGCUGUGGUAUGUGAGUUCAGGUUGCUAGAGGUUUUACUGUUGUGGUUUUAAGUUGGACUCUCGUGACCUCGAGAAUAAGGUGUAACCACCCUCAAGUUGCAUACAUUCAUAUUUAUGCUCUCAUAUUGUAGAUUUUCAGACUCUUUAAAGAAAGAAACAAAUGGUUUGUAGCGUCAAGCCUUAAAAAGCACUCAAGGCAAACUACACAACAUUUGAGUGCAGUAGCUAUUUGACUCUUUGUAUUUAGAAAUAAUAUGGUUAAUGUUUAGUUUAGUAAGCCAGUAAGUUAAUAGUCAUGGAUAGUAUUUCAUGACACUGAAAUGGCAACAGUGAUAGUUAUGAGGCUUGUUGAAACAGUGGGAGACACUGCAAAUGUGUAUGUGCUUAUUUGGUCUUUAGAGGUUAAGGACAGUUUAAAAAAAAAACAUGUUUCUAUUUUAUUUCUAUUUCAGUGUCAUCAUAGAAUUUUUUUAAAGAAACAAAAUUCAGUUGAAAUAAAUGACCCUUUUCAUCUCCA